CAGUCACUCAUUCUCAUUUCAUUCGUUCAACUUCACAUUAACAGACACAGAAUAAAAAGAAAACAUUUUCUGUCGAAAAUGCCCGUGGUGAUUGUUUGUUGAGAUAAUAAUACAUGUGAAAAACAGCUUCAAAGUGUGUUAUUGUGUUGGUGCAACUUAUUUUUAGCAGGUGUUGAAGGUUGUGGGAAAAUGCACAACAAGCUCAUUGUGCCCGUGGCCUUGGGCCUGUCACUGGUGACAGUGACUGCGUUUGUAGUGUACUACGUUUUUAAAAAAGAUGAGGAAGAGGAAGAAGUGAAGAAAGUAAAAACCGCAAGGAUGAAUGUUAUUGAAGUAUCCGUUCCUAAAGCUAUUGUCGCUGGUUUGAUAGGUCGCGGCGGCAGCAAUAUAAAGGAUAUAGAGAAGAUAUCGGGCGCUAAAGUGAACGUUAAGGAGUUUAGCGAUAAGGACCAUGAUAUCUGUGUGAUCAGAGGCAGGACUGACGCCACGCAGAUUGCUGAGACGCUCGUGCACGAGUUCAUCAACCAACAGCCUGUGAACAUCGAGGACACGAUGGAAGUACCGUCGUGGGCUUGUGGCCGGAUCAUUGGAUCUCAGGGCGAGAACAUCAACAGCAUCAGCCACCGCAGCGGAGCCCGCAUUAAGAUCUCCUCGAGCGGCGACAAGACAACUGUACGGAAAGUCAUGUUCUUAGGCACAGAGGAGCAGAUCAAGGUCGCUAGAGAUCUUAUUGAGAACUGCGUCGCCCAAGAAAAAUGUCGCCGGGAAAUCGAGCAAUCGAAACGCAGUCCGCGCCACGUACAGUCAUCAUCCAAGUCACCGUCACCAACGCCCUCUGCCACCGCCAACGAAACCACAGAUGGUGCGUCAGGUGACUCUCAAGUGCAAAGGCAUGUCAAAUCUAAGCGGCCUGAGAACAGGGGUGCUCCGAUAGAAGUGUUUGUGUCGGCCGUGUCGUCUCCGUCUCGGUUCUGGGUGCAAUUCGUCGGACCUCAGGUGACGCAACUGGACCUGCUGGUCGAGGAGAUGACGGAGUAUUACGGCAAAAAGGAGAACCGGGAGAAUCAUGCUUUGUCGCACGUGUCGGUGGGGCAGGUGGUGGCGGCCGUGUUCCGCCACGACGGGCGCUGGUACCGCGCGCGGGUGCACGACAUACGGCCCAACGAGUACGACCACACGCAACAGGUCGCUGACGUAUUCUUCCUGGACUACGGAGACAGCGAGUAUGUGUCCACAUACGAGCUGUGCGAACUGCGCGCCGAUCUGUUGCGGCUUAGAUUCCAGGCGAUGGAGUGUUUCCUAGCGGGCGUGCGUCCCCCCAACAACCGUGAGACCUGGGACACGGACGCCAUCGAGCGGUUUGAAACACUUGUACAUACCGAACCGAUGAGAAAAGCGAAAGUCGCGAGAUGGCAGCCCCUCCUGUCCAAGACGUGCACGUACAAGAAGACUGCCACCGCCGAGGGAGAGAAAGAGAGGGAGAUACCUGGCAUCAAACUAUACGACAACACUGAUAAUGGCGAAUACGACAUCGGUGAGAUGUUGGUGAUGGAAGGCCACGCCGACGAAGACCCCGGCGACAAGCCCGCGGCCGCACCCAACCGACCGCCCUUUGGAGAUCUCGGCAGCUCAAAGGUACUGGGAAUGGUAGACGGCGGCCGCAGCUCCUCCGUGCCCAAGGACCACAAGGAUAACCACGACAACGCCAACGAUAACCACGAUAAUAAAGACGACCGAAUGACCACAUCGAAGUCGCUGGGCUCGGGCCUUGAGAGCGGAGAUAAGCUGAUGUCAAUAUCCAACUUUGACUUGUCAUACCCGGACAACUCGUUAGCCAAAGCUGUCAACGGAUCCCAUCAAAACUUCUUGCAAAUGGAAAAACAGAAUUUAGACAAAGAAGGUAAUGUAGAAAAAGGUUCGUUGGACACUCUCGUGCCCUCCUCACCGAUCCUCUCGAAGUCCCCCCUCGACGAGUUUAAAGCGAACAUGAAUAGAAUAGACUCGCAUCAUAGUAAUUUAGAAUUCUUGGCCAAAGCCCAGCAGGAUAAUAAGUAGAUAUUAGUUUGUAAGAUUAAAUUUUGUAAUAGUCGCGACGACAAAUCUUUUUAAAAACACGUACUUACUUAGAUUAUUAUGUAAAAGUUAUAUGGUAUUGUGACAUAUAUUUGAAAGAUUUAAAAGGUACAUUAGGAACACGUUGAUUCAUGUUCAAUUUUUGUAUAAAACGUGUGAUUAAUUCAAGUAAAUUGUAUAAAAGAUUAGUGGCCGCGACUUUUAGUUUUUACGUAGCGGUAUAAAAUGUCCGGAUUUGUGGUAAACUGUUGUAUUAAAAUAUAUUUAUGUGUGUGAGCUGAAUGUUAUGCAACUGACCGAUACCCCACGUAUCCACGAUGUGAUAUAGAGUCUCUUUAGUUUGUAAUUACCCAUAACUAAUUAAACUUGUAUUAAGAUUACUGUCUUUACUUCUAACUGCCAACCAUUUCAUUUUCUUCCAUUGUAAUAAAUCCCCGAAAUUUGUGAAAGUUUUGAGUAAAAAAAUUCAUAUUCGGAUAACGUUAAACUUAAUUAGGAUUUUGUAAAUUUCAAUAUACAUUGUAUUGAAUAUUAUAACCACAAAUAUCAAUCUUCAGUGUAAAUUAGUAUUUAAAUUUCUUAUGUCUUUUUCACAUAAUGAAUAAAGAUUUCAAAGGAAUAUCUAUAUUAAUUAUUAUGUUAUCGUCUUACUUAUAAUAUGUAACUGUUUGACUUGAAACUGGUCGAGUUUCUCGUCAAACAGUUACGUGAAAAAGCUGAUAACAUAAUAAUUAAUUUAGUAUGUCUCACGAAAGUUAUAAUAGAAUGUAACAGUAUACUCCCAUUUUUAAUAGAGAUAUAAGAUAAAAAUGUGUACAUGUAAAGUUUUUUAAUUUGCGAAUUAUAAAGAAACGAGCUUUAAUUUAUGUACAAAAGUUGAAAUGAGGUUUUCUUACAAGGUUGUGCUUAAUAGUACUUUUCCAACAGAGAUGUGCUAUGUAGCUAUGCUACGAAAAUGUUAUAGCUAAGCUGUGAAACUAUGUUACCGUUUCCACUGAUACUAAGCUGGGCUAGGAAUAUUCGCAGCUUGAGUAUGCGAUGUAUCGAUAGUACGGAAGCCAUCCAUAUCACGCAUCUUUCCAUAUAAAAAACAUAGCUUAUCUGAGUCCGUUCCCACCAGUGUUAAACUAUUUGUACUAAUGAAUAUGAUUGCUGUAAGCCAAACGCAUCCACAGCAACGUAGCAUAGCACAUCUCUGGUGGCAAAGCACCGUAAAUAUGCUACUUCUAAAGUCAUAGAGAAUAGACGCUUCUUAUCAUUUAUGUUCUGUGCUUACCUUCACCUUAUGAAUGUGUUGCGUUCCUAUUAUUGCAAUAGAAAUACUAUUUUACGUAGUUAAGGUACACAUACUAAAUUAACUAAAAAUUACGGUUUAAUCACGUAAAUUAAUGGAGAAAAGGCUACUGGUUUACAAGGCGCACUCUACUAUGCGCGACGUCGCUUAUGUUUGCACACGCUGCUUAUGAUUCUCAUUAAUUUACAUGAGUAAACCGUGAUACUUAGUUAAUUUUAAAUUAUUAAAUGACGAUAUAUAUUGAGUAAAAGGUAGGUGUUUGUGAUUUUUCUACUGCUUGCAUUGUAGUGGAUUGGAAUAACUGUUUGAUUUAAAUAUUUACAAAGAGCUUGGUGUCAGAAUUUAAUUCUCUCAUAAUCUACGAUAUUUUGAAAUCUGGCUAGUUUUCUGAAACUGAUUUAUUGUCUAAAAUCCCUUUUGAUAUCAAUUAUUCUAUCUAACAUUUUGAGAGGAUGCAUAUAAUCAUUACUGUACCCAAAUUAGAUUUAAUAACAUUAAGUAUAUAUUUGGAGAGUUUAAACGUGUAUUUCUAACGUCGUAUGUACUUAAAACAAUUCUACCGAUUGUAGUAUUUGAAUUUUCUACCAAUUCUGUGUUGCCAGACUAAGUAACUUUUUUAUUUGUCAAUUUGCUGGCCUAUGUUUAAAAAACUUAGUUUUACUUCUGUGAUUGUAAUUAACAUAAGCUUAAAUUAGGCGUUAACGGUCGCUUUAGUAGGUAUGUUUAAGUGAAUGUAUUUAAAAAGGUUUCGCUUCGAUUUCAUCUUAGUUAUUUUGUUUGCAUUUGAGAAGAACAUAGUCAUACUAGUCAAUCUGUUUCGUAAACUUGUGUUUAUGAACUUGCUAUUCGAUAUAGACAUGUUUUAAAUUUUCAUACGCCGAUUUAUAAUAUUUUCAUUUCAAAAUUGUUAUUGGACGACUUUUUUUCAAAAUGAUGUGAUGUGAAAUGUAGCUAAAAGUCUAUGAUUGAAAAGUAUCUGAGAUAUUUACUUAAGAAAUGUUUGGUAAGGUAUGGGUUUAGGAAUUGCUCAAGGGAUUAGGCUAUAGUGUGAUUUUCUUCCUUAUCCUAAUACAUCAGAAAACUGUCAAAUAAACAACAGCGUAGAAGUGAAAUCUUAUACAUUAUUAUUGCUGAGAAACAUUAGGUUCAAUUUACGUUCAAGAUGCAGUUUAAUUAUGUAGUUUACAUACUACUAUCACUCAUUUGGUAAAAAAAAACUAUAUAAUAUAAUAUGUUUUAAUACGCUUUAAAUUAGGACAAGUAAAGCUGUAUGUAUGUUUGAUAGGAAAUUGACAAAUGUGUCAAGAAGCGGUGCUAACAAGUUAAGAAGUGUAAUGAAAUUACUUGGUACGCGGUAAAAUUGAUAUUUUUAUAAACCCUUUUAGAAAAGGAAUGUUACAAGAAAAUCUUUAUUACUUAAAAAAAAUAUGGCCUAUUAUAGGCCUAUUUAAAAUUCAUUUGGUAAUCAUAAAAUAUGUGCUCUUUUAAAAAAAACUGUAUAAGCAAAUACAGAAGCAUUGUCUAUGUAUACGAGUCAGUAUUUCAUACUAUGGAUGAAUAGUAGAUGAUCAUCAACCAAUCAUAACUCGUUCUUCACUGUCUCCGUUGCACCGUCAACCAAUCAGAAACAACGAUAGUUUCUCCGAAACCAAAAUGUAUCAUAGCCAUUGGUUGAAACUGAAUAUGGUGCCAUACCAUUCUAGUACAAACCUGCGUUGCGCGGGAAAAGUAUUGUAAUCUAGUUUUUUUUUUUCGUAUAAUUUUGUUAUAACUUUGGUUUUAUCCUUAGUACAUAUUAGUUGCUUAUUUCUAGAUUUUUUGUUAAACCUCGAAUAUUUUUUUGUAAAAUAUUGUACCUACUUUUGUAAUUGUACUUUUCGAAAUAGAAAUACAUCUGUGGAAGAAAA